AUGCCGAGCCACUCUCAGCCGUCAGCCACAAAUAUCCCCCCGACGCCGUCGAGCCCUCAACUGGCCGAGGUCAGCGCGGCGAUAGUCAAGCUCCUCAAACAACCAGGCUAUGAUGACGGCAGCGCCGGACCCGUGCUGGUUCGGCUGGCGUGGCACAGUGCCGGCACCUACGACGUGACGACCAACACCGGAGGGUCGAACGGCGCGGGGAUGCGGUACGAGAAAGAAGGCGGCGACCCUGCGAACGCGGGGCUACAACACGCGCGGGCCUUUCUCGAACCCAUCAAGCGCCAGUUCCCGUGGAUCACGUACGCCGACCUAUGGACGCUCGCGGCCGUGGUUGCCAUCAAGGAAAUGGACGGGCCGGAAAUCGCAUGGCGCGGCGGCCGCACCGACUUCACAGACGAGAGCCGCUGUCCUCCGCGCGGCCGACUCCCCGACGGCACGAAAGGCGCCGACCAUCUGCGCUGGAUCUUCUACCGCAUGGGCUUCAACGACCAGGAGAUCGUGGCGCUGUCGGGCGCCCACAACCUGGGCCGAUGCCACGGUGACCGGUCGGGCUUCGAGGGCAAAUGGGUCAACAACCCGACGCGUUUCAGUAACAUGUACUUCAAGCUGCUGCGCAUCCACGACUGGAAGAAGAAGAAGCUGGCCAACGGGCUCGAGCAGUUUGUCUAUGUCGACAAGGACCUCGAAGCUGAUUCCGAUGUCGACGGAGAAGAGCCCGAAGAGCUCAUGAUGUUGCCCACCGACAUUGCUUUGCUGCACGACCCGGCAUUCCGCGUCUGGGUCGACAAGUACGCCCAGGACAAGGACCUGUUCUUCCGCGACUUUGCCAACGUCUUUGCCAAGCUGCUCGAGCUGGGCAUCCGCCGCGACGAAGUCGGUAGAGUCGUCAACCAGGACAACCUGGACGGCGGAUAUAAGAGCGCGCCCAAGAAACCCGACCAUGCCACCCAUCCCGCCGACCAGAACAAAGGCCAGAUCGGCCAUGAGGCCGGGCCGUUGCGGGAAGCCAACAUCAAGUCGAAGCUGUGA